AUUAACCAAUCACAGUGCAGGAGGCGAGAAUUUUUUUCCCGAACAUAGUGAGGAAAAGUAAAGCGAAAGUGUUUGAUCCAACAACAACAAGAAGAGCGCCAAGACGCUGAGUUUGACAUUGUGUUGGAUUUAUUCAUUUCAGCAUGAAAAAGGCGGUUAAAACGGCGAUUGGCAUCACUGCAGGAGUGGCUGCUGGAACAGUGGGUACUGUGGUGUUAGCCCCUGCUGUACUCGGGUUGGUGGGCUUCGGCACCGCUGGCAUCUCAGCUGGGUCCAUAGCUGCCAGUAUGAUGUCAUCAGCUGCCAUAGCGAAUGGAGGAGGAGUAGCAGCAGGCAGCUUAGUGGCUGUUCUUCAGUCAGUAGGCGCCGCUGGCUUUUCGGCUGCCACAACAGCCGGCGUGGCAUCUACAGGCGGGGUCAUCGGUGGUAUUGUGGGGUGGUUUUCUGGCCGUAAAGACAAGGGUCAACCUCCUAAUACACCCACGAACAAAAAGCCACCAGGUAAUGAGACUGGAAAUUCUUCACCACCAGAGGAUGAGGAGGAAAAUGAGGGCCUUUCAAAUGACCCUUCCCCCAAGGAACUGCAAAAGUGGGAAUAAAUUUUUCUCUUUGCAUGAGUGUACCAAAAUAAAUAUAGAAAGUAGACCUAA